AUGUCUUACUCAAAUAAGUAUACCCUUGCGGCACUGCCGAGAACUCAGCGUGGUACACCUCUGGUGUUGGGAGGAGACCCCAAAGGGAAGAACUUUUUAUACUCCAACGGAAAUUCGGUUAUCAUUCGUGAUAUUGAAAACCCGGCGAUCGCCGAUGUAUAUACAGAGCAUUCGUGUCAAGUGAAUGUUGCCAAAUAUUCUCCAAGCGGGUUCUACAUUGCUUCUGGAGAUGUUUCUGGCAAGGUGCGUAUCUGGGACACGGUCAACAAGGAGCACAUCCUCAAGAAUGAGUUCCAGCCUAUCGGUGGCCCGAUCAAAGACAUCGCGUGGAGCUCUGAUAACCAGAGGAUGGUCGUUGUCGGCGAAGGGAGAGAAAGAUUCGGUCACGUAUUUAUGUCAGAAACUGGUACCUCGGUAGGCGAGAUCAGUGGCCAGUCGAAAGCCAUCAAUUCUGUCGACUUCCGACCCGCUAGGCCCUUCCGCAUCGUUACAGCAUCGGAGGACAACACGCUGGCCGUUUUUGAGGGACCACCCUUCAAGUUCAAGUGUACCAAACAGGAACACACUCGUUUUGCUCAAGCGGUUCGCUACAGUCCAGAUGGCAAACUUUUCGCAUCGGCUGGCUUCGAUGGCAAGAUCUUCCUCUUCGACGGUCAGACCUCAGAACUUAAGGGAGAGAUCGGCUCCCCUGCCCACAAAGGUGGUGUUUAUGGCAUAUCCUGGUCUCCAGAUGGCAAACAGUUACUCUCUUGCUCCGGGGAUAAAACGUGCGCUAUCUGGGAUGUGGAAAGCAUGCAGCGGACUGUUCUCUUCCCUAUGGGCACUGCUGUUGAAAACCAACAGGUAUCGUGUCUAUGGCAAGGCAAGCACCUGCUCACCGUGUCGCUUUCCGGCGACAUCAGUUACUUGGAUAUAGACAACCCAGAGACGCCGUUGCGAGUGAUCACUGGCCACAACAAGCCGAUCACCUGUCUCUGCUUAUCUCUGGACAGGAAGCGUCUGUACACAGCUAGCCAUGACGGUGCGGUCUCACAUUGGGAUGUUAGCAAUGGUGUUGGAGGUAAAGUUCGCGGUGCUGGUCACGGAAAUCAGGUGAACGGCAUGCGAAUGACGUCAUCCGGGGCGUUACUCACCUGUGGAAUUGACGAUACCUUACGUCGGAUCGAGUCGCAGGCAGAGGGUGAUUCACCAACGUACACUGACCAGGCAGUGCCCCUCGGUGCCCAGCCGCGCGCUGUCGAUCAGUUGUUGGACGACGAUGUCACCAUCGUAGCGACUGUUAAGGAGUUAAUAGUUCUCUCGGGCGGCGUGAAGAAAACAAGUCUGCCCAUCAAGUAUGAGCCUUCUUGUGUCACCAUCAAUCACCAGAAUAAGCACGUCGCUGUCGGAGGUGAUGACAGCAAAGUGCACAUCUACGCGCUAGAGGGCACCACUUUGUCCCCCAAAACGGAAUUAGUCCAUCUUGGUCCCGUGAGCGACGCUCGUUAUAGCCCCGACUGCAAGUACCUGGUCGCUUGCGAUGCUAACAGAAAGCUCAUAUUAUACGACGAAGAAUACAAGUUGGCCCACAACAAAGAGUGGGGCUUCCACACGGCGCGGGUUAACUGCGUGUCUUGGAGCCCAGACGGCGCUCGGGUGGUGUCCGGUUCCCUCGACACAAGCCUCAUCGUGUGGAGCGUCGCUCAGCCCAACAAACAUCUUAUUAUUAAGAAUGCGCACCCGCAGAGUCAGAUUACGGGUGCUGUGUGGAUCGACGACGAGACCAUUGCUUCUGUUGGUCAAGAUGCCAACACUCGCAUCUGGACUGUAGCUAAAGCUUAA